AUGCUGCCUUGGAUCUUCAGCCGCAAGGGCGCCUCGGGCUUCUCCUGGGCCUCCACCGCCGACCAGGUCACCGCCGGCAUCUCCGCGUCCGGCCUCACCGCAAUAGUCACCGGUGCGUCGAGCGGGAUCGGCGCGGAGACGGCGCGGGUGCUGGCGGCGCGCGGGGCCCACGUCGUCAUGGCCGUCCGCAACCUCGCCGCCGCCGACGCCGUGCGCCAGGCCGUCCUCGCCGAGUCCCCCGCCGCCAGCCUCGAGCUGAUGGAGCUGGACCUCUCCUCCCUCGCCUCCGUCCGCAAGUUCGCCGACGACUUCGCCGCCACCGGCCUCCCCCUCAACAUCCUCGUCAACAACGCGGGCGUAAUGGCGACUCCUUUCACCCUCUCAAAGGAUGGCAUCGAGAUGCAGUUUGCAACUAACCAUGUCGGGCAUUUUCUUCUGACAAAUCUUUUGCUGGAGACCAUGAAAAAGACCUCUCGUGAAUCAAACGUGGAAGGAAGAAUUGUUAAUGUUUCGUCAGAGGGGCACAGGUUUGCAUACAAGGAAGGCAUCCGUUUCGCCAAGCUGAAUGACGAGGAAGAGUAUGUAAUUUCCCUGCGGUCAUUAUGUUUUCCCCUACCAUUUACUUUGUUUCAAGUCAAACGACUCACUGGCUGUUUCAACCUUGCGUUGUGCAGGUAUAGCACCAUUGCUGCAUAUGGCCAGUCAAAGCUUGCAAAUAUUUUGCAUGCUAAUGAACUUGCCAGGAGAUUUAAGGAAGAGGGUGUUAACAUCACUGCAAAUUCUCUACAUCCUGGAGCUAUCAUCACGAACCUUCUUCGUCACCACAGCAUCAUCGAUGCUCUCCAUCGGACGCUUGGUAAACUGGUGCUGAAGAACGCCAAACAGGGGGCUGCGACGCAGUGCUACGUGGCGCUGCACCCGGACGCCAAGGGGGUGUCGGGCAAGUACUGGUGCGACAGCAACCUGUACGAGCCGAGCGACAAGGCCAAGGACGCGGAGCUGGGGAAGAAGCUGUGGGACUACACCCUCGACCUCGUCGCAGCCUGA